CUGAACAAGGAUUUGCUACACCAACAAAAGCAAAACCAAGAGAAAAAAUGGUGGCAGCCAUUGCUGUUUCUUCUCCAAAAUCAACUGUUCUUCAGAGCCCGAUCUCUUUAAAAGAACCCAAUUCAAGUUUCCUUGGUGGGUCCUUGAAGGGUUCUUCUUUACAGUUGAAACCAAGAAGCCAGAAGAAAGAUAGUGGUAUCAGCUUGGUGGUUGCUUCAGCUGGUGAUACAACCACUGCUGCUGGAAGUGACAGUAGUAGGACUGCGUCUGCUAACAGGUUUUACUUUAACAUCACAGGCUUCCCUUUCCCUCUUGGCCCUUUUCUCAACCGGCGCACUACUAGGACUGAGGCUGUUAAAGGCUCUAUAUGGCUAUUUGAACAAGAGCAAGCAUUAGGCUUCAGCAGUGUCUCAACAAACAUUCGGAUGACAGUUAUCAAACUCAAAUCUGGGGGACUAUGGGUCCAUGCACCCAUUGCCCCAACCAAAGAGUGCAUCAAGCUUUUGAAGGAAUUAGGAGCUCCAGUAGAAUACAUUGUCCUGCCAACAUUUGCUUAUGAGCAUAAAAUUUUUGUGGGUCCUUUCUCUCGAAAAUUUCCAAAGGCUCAGGUGUGGGUGGCACCAAGGCAAUGGAGUUGGCCCUUGAAUUUACCCCUUGAAUUUUUUGGUAUUUUUCGAGCCAAAAUUUUGGAAGAUGAGGAUUUGUCGACUCCAUGGGCUGAUGAGAUUGAACAAAAAGUUCUAAGCUCGCCAGAAGUUGGAAUUGGACCAUAUGUAGAAGUGGCUUUCUGUCAUAAACGUUCAAGAACCCUUCUGGUUACAGAUGCUGUCAUAUAUGUCCCAAAAAAGCCACCAGAGUGCAUUAACAAAGAAUACCUCUUGGCAUCAGCAAAGAAUGGCUUGGCAGUGAAACUUCUUAGCAAAGGAAAGAAAGUUCCUGAUGAACCAGUUGUUGACAAUGAAAUAAACCGUCAAAAAGGGUGGGAAAGAAUGGUUCUACAGAUACUGUUCCUUGGUCCAUCGAAUCUUCUGGAACCAAAUGCUAGUUUUGCUCAGAUGUCACAAAAGCUGAUUGUUUCUCCUAUCGUAAAGACACUAGUCUUCAGCAAAGUUCCAGAAAAGGUUAGGGAUUGGAUUGAUGGCAUCGCAAGGGACUGGAAAUUCAAGAGGAUAAUUCCUGCCCAUUUUGCAGGUCCCAUUAAGGCAGGCAGGGCUGAAUUAUUAGCUGCAUUUGCAUUUCUUGAUGACCUUUUAGGUGAGCGUUACAUUACUCGGCCCUCACUUGCUCUUCUCUUCACAUCACUCAUGGGGAAGGCAGCCAGUUACUUCCCACCGGAUGACAUGAAGACCCUAUCAUCCCUUGAUGAAUUAUUAGUGUCUGUGGGAGCUGUGAAGAAAACGGUCUCUGGCCGCAAAAGAUGAUAUGCACCAUGAUAAGUAAAUACUGCAGCCUCCCACCUAUUUAAAUGCAUGUAUAGAAACUUAGAUUUCUAGGGUAUACCAGAUGCCAUUUCACAAGUGUUCAACUUAUUUACAUUUUAAAGAGAAAAGUAGAGCUUUGAUCA